AUUUUACGAAAAAAAAUUAUCCGCACUUUCCGCGCGUCGAACACCUUUCCUUGGUGCACACUUUUGCGUUUCGUUUCAUUUUGUUUAACAUUCCGGAAGUAGUGAUCGUCACGUGGUUCUACUGUCAGCUGAUGCUCUCUGUUUACAAACAACAGGUAAUGUAAAGGUAAUGCGUCCUUUGUGGCGAUCAUGUUGCUGUUGAAGAUUCUAUGAUGUGACUGACAUGGUAGUUACUGAUAGGGUGAGGCCCCCAGAGGGGGAGUUUCAAACAGAGGACAGGGGGGUAAAUGAAUCUCAAAAUAGAAGGUCCAUCCAGGGGAUCGUCUCAACUCUUCAGUUGUCACACGAUGUUCAACUGGUACAAUCCUCACUUCAGCAAUUACUGGUCCUGGCUCAGAAAAAUGAGAUCCACCAUUUACUGGCAAAUAAAGAAAUCCAUGAGUGUAUAAUGUCUGCUGUAUCUCACCUCGACCUUCCCAAGGACAUACAGAAGUUUGGAUGUGAAGUACUAGCAGAUCUUGUGGAGAGAAUACCAGGUCUCUGUAAAACGUUUAGCCAGUCCAGUACACUAGGGUAGGUUAUGUAACGGUACCAUAUUUACCACACGAUAAUAAUGUAUGGUAGUACACUAGGGUAGGUUAUGUAACGGUACCAUAUUUGUCACACGAUAAUAAUGU